AGAACAGGGAGGACGACAAGUUGAAUCUGAGGCGGGACUGACUUCAGAUCAGAAGAUGAGUGAUCGUGUGGAGGAAGAGGAGGACGGAGCAGAGUCUGUAGAGUCCGACUGUCUUUCUAUGAAGAGUGACCGGUCCAAACAUAAACCUCCAGACUUGAGUAAUACACCUGGAUACUCAGACACCAUAUUUCAGAACAGACACAGAGCAGAGUCUGUAGUUUCCGGCUGUCUCUCUAUGAAGAGUGACUGGUCCAAAGAUGAACCUCUGACCUUCAGUAAUGAACCUGAACCCUCAGACACAAAAUUUCAGAACAGACACAGAGCAGAGUCUGUAGUGUCCAGCUGUCUGUCUAUGAAGAGUGACCGGUCCAGACUUCAACCUCUGUACUUCAGUAAUAAACCUGGACCCUCAGACACAAAGAAGAGGAGUGAUGAGGAGGAGCAGCUGUCCUGCUGUGCUUUGUGUCAGGACGUCCUGAAGGAUCCCGUCUCUACCAGCUGUGGACACUGGUUCUGCAGACGCUGCAUCAGCUCAUACUGGGACCAGUCUGCUUCACCAGGAGACUCCUCCUGUCCCCAGUGUGGACAAAGAUCCAGAACCAUGGCUGGUGGUCUGCAGGAGGUUUUAGAUGAAUAUAAGAUCAGUCUGAGGAGGAGAUGUGAACGUGUGACUGAAGGAAGUAAUGCAACAGGAAGUGGAACCCUCCUCAACAGGAUCUACACUGAGCUCUACAUCACAGAGAGACAGAGUGAAGAGGUUAAUACCCAACAUGAGGUGAGGCAGCUGGAGACGGCUUCCAAGAAGCUCCACGACGCUCCAAUCAAGUGCCAGGACAUCUUUAAAGCCUUACCUGACCAACAGGGACACAUCAGAGUGGUUCUGACCAACGGCGUCGCUGGCGUUGGAAAAACCUUCUCCGUGCAGAAGUUCAGUCUGGACUGGGCAGAGGGUUUGGAGAACCAAGAUGUCAGUGUGGUGAUUCUGCUUUCCUUCAGGGAGCUGAACUUGAUCAGAGAUGAGCAGUACAGUCUUCUGGAGCUGCUCCAUGUUUUCCAUCCAACAUUACAGAAGGUCCCAGCAGAGAAGCUCGCCGUCUGUAAGCUUCUGUUCAUCUUUGACGGCCUGGAUGAAAGCAGACUUUCUCUGGAUUUCACCAACAAGGAGGUUGUGUCUGAUGUCACACAGAAGUCAUCGGUCAACGUGCUGCUGACAAACCUCAUCGAGGGGAAUCUGCUUCCCUCGGCUCUCGUCUGGAUAACUUCCAGACCCGCGGCGGCCAAUCAGAUCCCUCCUAAACAUGUCGACAGGGUGACAGAAGUACGAGGCUUCACUGACGCCCAGAAGGAGGAGUACUUCAGGAGGAGGGUCAGUGAUGAAGAGCGCUCCAGCACAAUCAUCUCACACAUCCAGACGUCCAGGAGCCUCCACAUCAUGUGUCUGAUCCCAGUCUUCUGCUGGAUCACUGCUACAGUUCUGGACCACAUGUUGACUACAGAGCAGAGAGGAGAGCUGCCCAAGACCCUGACUGACCUGUACUCACACUUCCUGCUGGUUCAGACCAAGAAGAAGAAGCAGAAGUAUGAUGAUGGACAUGAGAUGAGUCCACAGGAGCUGAUGGAGGCUGACAGAGAAGUUCUUCUGAAGCUGGGGAGGCUGGCGUUUGAACAGCUGCAGAAAGGAAACAUCAUGUUCUACCAAGAAGACCUGGAGUGCUGUGGUCUGGAUGUCACAGAGGCCUCGGUGUACUCAGGAGUUUGUACAGAGAUCUUCAAAAGAGAGAGUGUGAUCUUCCAGAAAACAGUCUACUGCUUCGUUCAUCUGAGCGUUCAGGAGUUUCUGGCUGCAGUCUACAUGUUCCACUGUUACACCAACAGGAACACAGAGGUACUGGAGGCUUUUCUGGGGAAAGACUUGGACAAGAAAAACAGUAACCCAUCCCUAGAUGUCUUCCUGAGGAGAGCCAUGGAGAAAUCCCUUCAAAGUAAAAAUGGCCACCUGGACCUCUUUGUUCGUUUCCUUCAUGGCCUCUCUCUGGAGUCCAACCAGAGACUGUUAGGAGGCCUGCUGGGUCAGACAGACAACAGUCCAGAAGUCAUCCAGAGAGCCAUCAACAACCUGAAGAAGAUGAGGACUGAGAAGAUCUCUCCUGACAGAAGCAUCAACAUCUUCCACUGUCUGACGGAGAUGAAUGACCUCUCAGUCCAUCAGGAGAUCCAAGAGUUCCUGAAGUUAGAGAACAGAUCAGGGGAGAUACUCUCUGAGAUCCAGUGCUCAGCUCUGUCCUACAUGCUGCAGAUGUCAGAGGAGGUUCUGGAUGAGUUGGACAUGUACAAGUACAAGACAUCAGAUGAGGGAAAACAGAGACUGAUUCCAGCUGUGAGGAACUGCAGGAAAGCUAAACUUUCUGGCUGUGGACUCUCUGAGACUCACUGUGAAGUCGUGGCCUCAGCUCUGAAGUCCAACCCCUCCCAUCUGAGAGAGCUGGAGCUCGGCUGGAACGACCUGAAGGAUUCAGGAGUGAAGCAUCUGUGUGCUGGACUGGAGAGUCCAAACUGCAGACUGGAGACUCUGAGAUUGAGUUGCUGCAGGUUGUCAGAGAUCAGCUGUGCUUCUCUGGCCUCAGCCCUGAAGUCCAACCCCUCCCAUCUGAGAGAGCUGCAGCUGGAUGGAAACGAGCUGCAGGAUCCAGGAGUGAAGCUGCUGUGUGAUUUUCUGCAGAGUCCAAACUGCAGACUGGAGACUCUGGGAUUGUGGGGCUGCAGUUUGUCAGAGAUCAGCUGUGCUUCUCUGGCCUCAGCCCUGAAGUCCAACCCCUCCCAUCUGAGAGAGCUGCAGCUGUUUGGAAACAAGCUGAAUGAUUCAGACAUGAAGCUGCUGUGUGAUCUGGUUGCGAGUCCACACUGCAGACUGGAGAGUCUGGGCUGGUAGUGAUCUCCAGUAAAGUCCAGUCCAGCAUGGUCCCUGUGUUCCUCUGAUGUGACAGAGUAUCAUCAGAGGAUGUGGACUGCUCUGCUGCUGCUCUGUCCUUCUCUCUGCAGACACACUGAGACUCCUCCACCUCCGUCUGUUGUUUCAUUCAUUCAUAUAAUCUGAACUCAGAGUUCCUCUGCACAUUAGUUCUCGUCAUGACAACGUGACUCUACAUCAACACAUUUAGAUGCAUGUUUCUGCUUUGUGUUCUGUUACAGCUCCACCCUGUGGAAUAAAGGGGAAUUGUAGUUCAUUUCCUCUGAUGUGUAAAUAACCAAAGAAGUUGAUCUUACCUUAUUACUACCAAUAUCAGCCGUUUCUCAUAUUAUGACAGAUGAAUAUUUGCUUGUUGUAGAAGUUAAAACCUUUAAGGCUUCACUAAAGUUUUUCAAAUGAUAACUAACAGAUUAUGGUUAAUGUACUUGUCCUGUUACCAGACAAGAAUUCAUAACUCUCGAGUCUUGAAAGAGUUUCCAAAUUCUUCAAAAUCUAAAAUCUCUGUAAAUAUUUACUAAGAGAAUAUUUUUGUCUUGCUUUAAAUUGUAUUUUUUAGGAAAAAGUGGCUCAUUACAGUUGUUAUCCAUUUAUUGUCAACUCUGUCAGAUUUCUACAAAAAAAUAAUUUAAUGGGGUAUAAACAUAGUUAGUUCUCACUUCCUGCUCCUAAAAACACAGCUAAGCUUUAUGAUAUGUGAUAAAAAUCAUUAAUAUUGCUAUCAGGUUUGUCCCACCCUUAUAAAUCAAUGCUCAGUAAGAUGCAUAGUUUAAAAGUGUGUAAUGUGUUUAGCUUGAGGAGAAAAAUCGACUCACUAUAAUUUAGUGCCAUUUGAUUUGAAACUUAAAAAAAAAAAAAUCCUUUUUCACAGUUUAAGACUUUUUCCCUUUAUCGAGUCUUUGGCAUUAAGGCUUUAUUAAUUUAUUCAGACUCGGCUCCAGCAGCGCCACCUAGUAGUCUAGUCGUAAUUUCUUGAACCCAGAAAUGUUGAGUACCCUAAAGUUUUAUUGCAGAAAUGUCAUCUGUAGGCCUAAUGGAUGGAAUUCAACUUGGUUGCUAAAAGUUGCACUUUGGGCAAUUUGCAUAAUUAGCAUAAUAAUCCAUUAAAGUCAAGACACCACAGGUGAUUAGUGUAAAAAAAAUUUAAUAGAUAUCACCAUGAAACUUUCUCAGUUGAUUACUUAUGUUAAGAUGAGAAAAAAAGUGUAUUGCAUGUUUUUUGUAUUUUAAUGUUUACAUGUGCAAAUGAGGCCAUAUCUCAUCAAAUAUGCGCUCAUUUGCAUACAGACAAAAUCAGAUCGUUUGAUAAAGUCAUGCUCACAAAAAAUCCUUUUUCACAGUUUAAUUCAGACUUUUUCACCCUUUAUCGAGUCUUUGGCAUUAAGGCUUUAUUAAUUUAUUCAGACUCGGCUCCAGCAGCGCCACCUAGAGGCUCAGCAGCAGACUGCAGACAUUUGUUCACUGUCCCUUUAAGACUGAGUUAAUAAAGUUAUAUAUAACGUUAUAUAGAUAUUUUUAAAAGGACGUUUAGCGGUUUGGUCUCAUAACUUUGACCCUUUCACUGUAUUUUCACUUAAUGACAGUUUAUUUGAAUGUUUUGUUCAUUAAAUGUCUUGUUCAGUGUUUGGUUGGACUAACAGACACUCCAAGGAGUCACUGAUCAGUUUUCUGAGGUCAGUAAGAUAAGGUUUGUUUUUAUUUUUUGCUAGCCCAAUCUAACAUCCCAGUUAAUGCUCCAGUUAAUGCUAACAUGAAUUAGUCAUGUUGAGGUGUAGAGAGGCUGUAGUCAGUGAUCAGAUCCCUCUCCUCCUCCACACUCCAAAUAUGGUCUGCUUCCUGUAUCGGAAACAAGAUGGCGCCGAGUGUAACACUGAACUCGAUGCUUUUAAAAAAAAUUAUUAUUAUAUUUUAAUUUUUUAUUUAUAUCAAAAAGCAAUGCAAUGCACAGUUACAAGAAGAAACAAGUUACAGAAAGAUAAACAAUGCAAAAAAUAAAAUAGAAGUAAAUAAUAUUUUAAAAAGAAUAGAAUAGAAGAAUAAUUAAAUGGAAAAGAACGAAACAAAUUAAUAAAUAAAACAAUAAACAGACGCAAGAUUACAUGUUAAAGACAUUAAACGCAGUGCAUAUGUUGGCAGUCUUCACAGCUUUUAUGUUUUGUAGACAGGAGAGAGUUGAGAUAUACUGUUCAAACUCUGACUUAAACAAAAAGAAAUUUGUUUUUUUUUACUUGAAAACUUACAAUUGUGUAUGUGGUAUUUGGCAAAAAGAAAAAAUAAAUUCAUAAGAAAAUAUGCAUCAUCAUCCUUCUUUUUGUGGUCAAAACAGCCAAAUGCUGAACUCGAUGCUUCCAGCGGGCCACAAACCAACGGGUGACGUCACGGUCACUACGUCCAUUAUUCAUAUACAGUCUAUGGUUCCAGAUGAUAGAAAGGCAGCAGUAACUCUCAUAACCACUCGUUACAACCAAGGUGUGCAGAAGACCACCUCUGAACACACAACACGUCCAACCUUGAGCUAGAUGAGCUCCAGCAGCAGAAGACCACACCGCCACUUUAUUAAAAUGUUUCCAGGUUUUUCAUGUGCAAAUACACCAGGUGUAUGUUUUUCGAGGAAACUUUGCAGUCUAUUUGUGUUACAGUGCAGUACGACAGUGGUGUUAACAAGCAAUUUCAAAUAAAUCCA